UCCUAGCAAUGCAUCGUGACUCUUGUCCACUGGACUGCAAGGUUUACGUGGGUAACCUUGGCAACAAUGGCAACAAAACUGAACUAGAGCGAGCUUUUGGCUACUAUGGACCACUGCGCAGUGUAUGGGUGGCAAGAAAUCCUCCUGGCUUUGCCUUUGUGGAAUUUGAGGAUCCACGAGAUGCAGCUGAUGCAGUGAGAGAGCUAGAUGGAAGAACCCUCUGUGGGUGUCGUGUCAGGGUGGAGCUCUCCAAUGGUGAGAAGCGGAGUCGGAACCGUGGUCCACCCCCAUCCUGGGGCCGGCGUCCUCGAGACGACUACCGCAGAAGGAGUCCUCCUCCUCGCCGCAGAUCACCGCGAAGGAGAAGCUUCUCUCGUAGCCGCAGCAGGUCCCUCUCCAGAGACAGAAGAAGAGAGAGAUCACUCUCACGGGAGAGGAACCACAAGCCCUCUCGUUCCUUUUCCAGGUCUCGCAGUCGCUCCAGGUCAAAUGAGAGGAAAUAGGACUGUGAGAAGGAGCUGUGUACAGGAAGCCCUUAGAUCUGAGGACAGGAGGAGUAUGUACAGAACAUUGUUUUGUUUUGAAACUUCAUAAAGCUUGGUGCAUUUUUAAAAUGUUUUAGCUGUUGAACUCGCUUUGUUCCUUGUAUCUUGUAACAGGUGGCAGAUGUAAAGAUGUGAAUCUGUAUAUGGUUCUGAGCAGAUCAUAUGAUUUGUAAUAAGCCCUUUACAAUGUACCAUUACA